CGGCGCGGCGCGGGCGCGUUUGAUCCGCGACACUGUUGGAGUUUGUGUGACGCGAUCAUCUGUUCUUCACAUCACACUGCGCGAUAUCUCAACUUUAUAUUUGAUCGAUUUAAUGUGGAAUUUAUGAGUUUCCCUAAUGUUUCAUCUAAAUGAAAGAGGAACAGAGACGCGUUAAAUAAUAUUAAUGAAAAGUCCGUGUACGGUGUCGAGUGAUGUAAUCUCGUUCAAUCGCCUUAAAUAAGUUAGUUUUCAACUAAAAGUAUCUGGUUAUGAGUGUUUUCAUAACUUAUAAAGUCUCAUGUUAUAUGAUAACAGUGUUAAAUGUGUAAAGUGAGAGAAGUUUGUGGCUCGAAAGAACAUAUGGCAUAAAAACACAGCUGGAGGUUUGAGACUGAUGUCAGAGCAGCUGACUCUACCAGUUACACACACACACACACACACACCACUCAUGCACGCGCACACACACACAGAGCUCACACAUUCAGUUGCUCACAUGGACGCGAGAUAGAGAGUCGCGUUCAGGCGUCUGCUGCUCUCACGCGUUUAGUUUGCUGAUGUUCUUCAUGUUUGUGAAGUGUUUGGAGAUGUGAGAGGUGUUUGCUCAUGGCUGGAUUUCUCUCAUUCACUGUUCUAACUCUCGAUCAACCUCUGUAAGCUCUGCUACAGGACGUUAUGACAUUGAGCUGGAGUUUCUCUUCAGCAGUCUGAUUGAAGAGUGCUACGUUUCUCUGUGAGAUGAAAGUUGUGCAGGUUACGGAAGAAGAAUGGAGUUCCCAGACCACAGCCGGCAGUUACUGCAGUGCCUGAGUCAGCAGAGGCUCCAGGGUUUCCUCUGCGACUGCACCGUGCUCGUCGGAGACGCUCGCUUCAAGGCGCACAGAGCCGUGCUGGCCUCGUGCAGCAUGUACUUUCACCUCUUCUACAGAGACCAGCUGGACAAAAGGGAGGUGGUGCAUCUGAACAGCGACAUCGUCACGGCCCCCGCUUUCGGCCUGCUCCUCGAAUUUAUGUACGAGGGAAAACUUGAGUUCGGAGCGCUGCCCGUGGAGGACGUCCUGGCUGCCGCCAGCUACCUGCACAUGUACGACAUCGUGAAAGUGUGCAAAGGAAAGUUAAAGGAUAAGGAACUGUGCUCCCUGGACGACAGGAUCGGAGACGGCAUGAUUUCGGGCACUUCGGACAGGGAGAUCUCUUCCGACAGGGCGGGGGGGUCGGCGACGCACGCCCCCCCGAGAGCCCACACGCCAGACGACUGUGACACGAGCGCCCUCGCGCAUUGCGAAAAGCUCACGCCGGUCAGGCAGAAGGCGAACGGUCACCCUGACGGGUCCCCGGACCAUGUAGGUGUCAAUUAUGUGUCAGCCGAGGCCGAGCCCCGCGUCCAAACAGCUGGAAAAACAAAAGCCGAUGUCAGCGGUUCGACCGUCCUCGUGUCCCAGAGGUCCCGGGCGUCGGAUGACACGGACUGCGCUCUGGAUUUGUCUUUCAAGCCUCUGUCGAGCCGAGAUGCCUUCCACCCCUCCUUCGUCUCGGGACAGCUGGCCCUCGACAGCCAGCAGCAGGGCACUGAGCCACUUGUUAAAGACGAACAUGACUUUCUGUCAGAGCAGGGCGACAGCGAACCCGUGAGCCCCGAGAGCCGGCGCUUUGGGAAUAGCACCAGGAACUCAGUGGUGACAGGGUUCGCCGCCCUCUUCCCCGGCAACGGCGGGCCGACCUCGGCCGCCCUGCUCCCCCCGGACGAUGACCUGAUGGAGGGGGAGGGCGAGGGGGAUGGGAUGGGGGUGGAGGUUCACCGUCGUCCGGGCGAGGGGGGCGGCCGGCUGCUCGGGGACAGCGAGGGAGAAGAGGAGGACGACCUGGCCUCUUCGGACAUCUCCACGUCCAGCGGGGUUCUGUUACCCGUCGGGGGUCGGCAGGUGUGCGUCUGUCCGCUGUGCAGCAAAGUCUUCCCGAGCCCCCACGUGUUGCAGCUGCACCUCAGCUCUCACUUCCGGGAGAAAGACGGCGUGCGGUCCAAACUGUCGCCCGACGGUUCCGUGCCGACCUGCUCGCAGUGCGGCAAGACCUUCUCGUGCAUGUACACGUUGAAGCGGCACGAGCGCACGCACUCCGGCGAGAAGCCCUACACGUGCGGCCAGUGCGGAAAGAGCUUCCAGUAUUCCCACAACCUGAGCCGGCACGCCGUGGUGCACACGCGGGAGAAGCCGCACGCUUGCAAGUGGUGCGAACGACGCUUCACUCAGUCGGGCGAUCUGUACCGACACAUUCGCAAGUUUCACUGCGGCCUUGUGAAAACUCUUCCUAUUGGAUAAAAGCUCCUGUGUGUCACAGUCACUUCAUCUCUACACUAGCGGCACACGCUUUUGUAUAAAAACAACAAACUCAUUGUCACUUUUACAAACGUGUCCAAGUUGUGACAUGAAUAUAUUACUAAUGUUAUCCAGUAUUUUGCAGGGGGAAGUCAGUUUGUUCAUUGGUGACAAGAAUACCCCAGCAAUCAUUUUGACAAGUUUGAUGCACUUGGAUGCUGACCUCUCGUGUGUGUGUGUGUGUGUGUGUGUGUGUUUGUGUAAUGUAUUUAAACCAUCGCUCAUGAACCUUGAGAUCUGAGGUUUGAGGAUUUGCUUUUGCAGCUAUAAUUUAUUGAUGGAGACGUCAUGAAAUGUGAUUGACCACCAUGACAGAGAAGUUUUUCACUGCAUCCAGAUUUGUAUUUAUUCACUUAUCAUUUUUAGAGAUCUUUGUUUUUGUGUGAAUCUACUGAAAGGGUCGACUGAAAUCUAUUACUGAAGUUUCUGCACUUGCCAAUGUUAUAAUAGACAUUGAAAGCUACUGUCUGCUUUGUUGGUUGUUUUCUUUUUUGAGACCUACUGAAGACAUUUUUCAGAUGAUCCGUUUAAAUGAAGGACAGGUUGAUCUUACUUUACAGUACUGUCUUCUUCUAAUAUCUACAGAGUUUCUCUUCAUUCUUCCAGAUUUGUCUUUCUUAUUUGCUGAUUGAAUGAAGCGAUUGAUUUGUUGACUUGUCAUUAUUUUGAUUGAAUAUGACGGUGAAGUGUUUAUGGUUAUAUAGUAACAGUAGUGUGCACUAAACAAAUCCAAGUUCUGCUGUAUAUUUCAUCGGUCCUGAGAAAACUUGAGUAGUUUAUUUAUUAGUUGUUUUGGUUCAGGGUUUAACGUAGAAUCUAUAGAUGGUGUCGGUACGUUUUCUUUAACAUUAUAGGAUUAUUGAUGAAUUGCUGUAUGUGGUACCUGGUUUCAUUGUCUCUGUUAAAUGAGGUUUGACUUAUAAGCACUUCUCUUCAGCGUACACAUUCACCUUAUAGUUACAACACUGAUAUACUCUAGGCUGCUAUUUCUAACUGUAUAUUUAUUGUAGAUUAUUGUAUUUGAUGAAAUCAUUAUGUCACAUUUCAUUUGGAGUCAAGUACGACUGAAACCUCUCUGAAAAGCUGCAAUAUUUGACAUUGAUUCGAGUCUUCCGGGAUUAAAAGCCCUGUUUUUGACAUCUGUUAAAUAUCAGAGAUACUAUUGGUUUACAAGCACAAACAUCCGAUUGAUCCGGAGACUAAUAAUCUACCUGGGAAAGACUCACAAUAAUGAAGCUGUUUCUUCAGAUGAAAGCAAGUGUGCAUCUUUAUCUGCUGUUGAAUAAAGCAAUGAACUCGG